AUGGAUGAUUUUGUUCAGAGAAAAUUAACUGAAUGGGGUCUAAGUGCGUGGAUAGAAAGAUUUGAAGAAGAAAGCUUUGAUGAGGAAAGUCUUUACUGUCUUUGUGAUCAAGAAAUUGAUAAUCUGUUCACAAAGUUGGGACCAAGGGCAAAAUUCAAGAACAGAAUCAAGUUGUUAAAGGUUUGGCAAUCCACCAGUGACAAAAGUAAUAAAGGAAAGAGAAAGUUAGAUCCUCAGGGCAAGUCCAGCAAAUGGCAAUCACCAACGAGAAAAAGACGAAAUGACUUUGGAACAUACUCAGAAAAUAUCAUACUGUCUGAAGUGAUAAACAUCAUGAGAUGUGUCAAUGAUAAAAUACCUAACCAUGACAACACAAAGCUCAACAACUUCUUGAAGGAUAAAAUCAAAGAUUUGGAGACAGACAAGAGGGAGGUGGUCGGUGUCUUUGGUAAAACUGGGGCUGGAAAGAGCACUUUGAUAAAUGCCAUCAUCGGAGAGAAGAAUCUCUUGCCCUCUGAUGAUGUCAGGGCAUGUACCACAGUCAUGAUUAAAGUGGAUGCUAACAUGCAGAGCUCAAAGUAUGAGGCAGAAAUUGAGUUCAUUACAAAAGAGGAGUGGAAAGAUGAGUUGUGGUCCUUGUAUAAUUUCCUUGGGGAUAAUGAAGAUCAGAAAAACCAAGAUGACGAUGAUUACCAUGACAAUGAUGAUGAAAAGCUGUCAGCGCUGUAUGGAGAAGAAUGGAAAGACAAAUCCCCUGAAAAACUCAUGGAUCACAAAUAUUUCAGAGAAAUUCCAGAAUUUCUCUUUUCCGGAAGGAAGAUUUUGACAUGUGAAUCGGCUAAAGAGCUGUCUGCAAAAUGUUUCAAAUACACAAAAAGUGAAUCUAAAGACGACGAAGUGAAGAGGUGGUACUGGCCACUAGUGAAGUGUGUGUCCAUCAGGGUGCCUGGGAAAGAUCUUCUCCAGCAUGUCACACUUAUGGAUCUUCCUGGAAAUGGGGACCGUAACAAGAGCAGAAAUAAAAUGUGGAAAGAGGUUGUUGGGAGUUGUUCUACUGUGUGGAUUGUGACUGACAUUAAUCGAGCUGCAUCAGAGGCAGAAGCCUGGGAGAUCCUGAAAAAUGCCAGUAGCCAAAUGGGAAAUGGUGGCCAGUGUCAGCAGAUUCACUUUAUCUGCACUAAGUCUGAUCGUAUUGGAGAUUUGGGUGAUCCUUCAGCAGAUGGUGUUCGCGCUUUCAAAAUUAACAGAAAUAUGCGAGUCAAGCAAGAUGUGACAAAAAAAUUCAGCAAUCUAAGCAAGGUUAAGAAACAUUUCAGUGAUGACUGUUUCAAAGUGUUCACAGUGAGCCCCACAGAGUUCCUAAAAACUGUUUGUCUAGACCCAGAUGAAAAUGAAAUACCCAAACUUCAGGAAUAUUCUAGAGGGAUAAAUGGUAGUGCUUUUCACAAGAUACUGAAGUGUGUAGUCGAGAACAGUGGCACCUACAAACCAAAACACAAGAAACUGAUAAACCUCAAUGCAGCGUUGGCUUCCUGCCUCACUGACAGCAUUGAUGAGGAAUUCCGGAAGACCUUCCCUUUAUUGCAGGCUAAAGAGCUGUCUGCAAAAUGUGUCAAAUACACAAGAAGUGACUCUGAAGACGUAGAAGGGAAUGAAGUAAAGAGAUGUUAUUGGCCACUAGUGAAGUGUGUGACUAUCAGGGUGCCUGGGAAAGAUCUUCUCCAGCACGUCACACUUGUGGACCUUCCUGGAAAUGGGGACCGUAACAAGAGCAGAAAUAAAAUGUGGAAAGAGGUUGUUGGAAGUUGUUCUACUGUGUGGAUUGUGACUGAAAUUAAUCGAGCAGCGUCAGAAAGAGAAGCCUGGGAGAUCCUCGAAAAUGCCAGUGGUCAAAUGGGAAAUGGUGGCCAGUGUCAGCAGAUUCACUUCAUCUGUACUAAGUCUGAUUGUAUUGGAACGUUGGGUGCUUCUUCAGCAGAUGGUGUUCGUGCUUUCAUAUUUAAAAGAAACAAGCGAGCAAAGGAAGAAGUGAGCAAAGAAUUCAGCAAACUAAGCAAGGUCAAAAAACAUUUCAGUGAUGACUGUUUCAAAGUGUUCACAGUGAGCCCCACAGAGUUCCUAGAAACAGUUUGUCUAGACCCAGAUGAAACUGAAAUACCCAAACUUCAGGAACUUCUGCAAAAUCUCAAUGACUGUCACUCAGAGACAUUAAACUAUGUGACUGGCGCUUAUGGGAUUCUCUCUCUGAUGCAAGGGACCAAAUCUAGAGAAGUGGUUGACAAAAAAACAAAAGUGUGCACAGAGCUCGAAGAAAAGAUGAGACAUGAACUUGAUAAAGUCAUAGAACCCAUGGAAGCAGCUUAUAAGGCUUUUGAAAAAUGUCUUAAUGAGGGUGUUGAAACAUCAAAAACAUCAUGUGAACGAGCCUUGAAGUCCACUUUAAAUCCUAAAGGGAUAAAAGGUGGUGCUUUUCACAAGAUAUUGAAGUGUGUGGUUGAGAACAGUGGCACCUACAAACCAAAACACAAGAAACUGAUAAACCUCAAUGCAGCGUUGGCUUCCUGCCUCACUGACAGCAUUGAUGAGGAAUUCCGGAAGACCUUCCCAAAUGAAAGGAAAUGUGGACCAUUCAACGGGGUCAUCAACAAAUUUUCACUUGACACAAAGACACUGAUUCAGAAGCACAAAGAUGUCGAACUGCAACUGAUAUUUCUCAAGACAGAGGAAGAAAAAAUUAAGACAAAACUCAACAAAAUCAUCCGGGAGCGGAAGAAAACUGUUUACAGCAGUCUGACAACGACAAUCGAGAUGACCAUGGAAAAAUGCUAUACAAAAGCAGCAGAAUUUCGAGGACAGGACUCCCUAAAAAACAUGAGGGAAACUAUUGAGAAAUAUGUUGAUGAUUCAAAGAAAACCAUGUUUGAGCAGGCUAAAAAUGUUAUGUUGAACCAGCUGAGAGACUUGAAGGAGGACAUCCUGAAGAUACUGGAGGAAACAAUGCAGACAUCAAUCGACCUGUCACUCAAGACAGAUGGUGACUCAAUCCCAGAUGUUACAUUGGAGCUUGAAAUGGUGAAGAAAUACUACCAUGAACUGAGAGGAACCCCAAAUGGACAAACACUAAUCCCUGACCCACUUGGUCCAGCAGCUGCACCGUGACACGUGCAGGUUUGCUCGGUGGAGAGAAACAGCAGAAGUCUGAAUAUCCACUGAAGCUCUCUGCGGUCGCACUGAUUAGAGACAUGAGGCCUCUGAAUUUGGUCUCAACCAUUUUUAUCAAGUUAUUUCUGUUGUGAGUGUUGUUUUGAUGUGUACUUUGGGGUUGCUUGUUGUGAAUUACAAGAACAGAUUUUAGAUUUUUUGGGGGGGCUACGAUAUUUUUGACUUUAAUUAAUUAUAGCUCAGAGGCUGACAGGAUUCAAACAAGGAACAGUGUUGUUUUCAUGGUAGGAGUUGAUGUGAGAAUGAGAAUAAGUGUGAAGAGGACACUGGUUCUAACUAACAAAGGGCCUUUUGGAAACGGUCUUACUGCCUGACGAAAUAUACAAGCCAUUUAGUAAAAUGCUUUGCUUUUGCCUUAAGAGUGAUAACCAUUAACUGCUUAGCUCAUACUACGAAAUAACAAUUUUAAGGGAAAAAAAGAUGUUUUGUUAAUAAUGCUGUUUUGAUUUUCUUUAUUAAGUCCUAUAUCAUUGUAUCUCUUGAAGAGCUCUAACUGGGCUUGUCUGUGCAAGCACACAGACAUAUUCACACAUUUUCAGAGUAAACGGAAGAUAUAGGGCAACUGUUUCUAGGAAAGGGAAGCUGGGGGCCACACUCUUGAAAACUAGAAACCGCAAGGCAAACAGGACGUGCGUCCUUUACGACACAUGCAUGUUUUUUUUUUGCAUGAGGGGAAACGAGGAGGUGUGAAAGAGAGCGGAAGGUAAAGAGUUUAUUUUCUUACAGUUUUUUUCAAUUGCAAACAAGCAUCGGUCAAUAUAGCCACUUUAUCAAAGCGCUUCAUACUGUCUACAUUACCAACAUGCAUCUUGACCAAAACAGUAAAUCUCACCUCCAAAACUCAUUCAAACCACCAAAACACUUCAUACAUGCCUCAAAAUAAACUCAUUCAACCAAACACUGGCAACAAUACUCACUCAGAAAGCAUAUAUUGUCAAUCAUAACACACUGACCUAGUAACCACCAACAUCAGGGAGCAUUACACAUAAAUUAUGCAUUUCUAUCUUUGAAGUUUGAAAGAUUUUUCAUAUAAUCAGCAUUUCAUUAUAGAAGAAAAAUUACAUGUUUUAAUUCUAUUGACUGUACUAAAAUAUAUGUAACAAGAAUAAAUCAGACAUAGUAGAAAUUUGUUUCAAUGUCCUUUACAGUAUUUUUCUAUAUCAUUGCAUAUAGUAAUUGACAUGAAAUAUAAAAUGUUGAAACAAAAAACUAAUUCCUGAAAUUUCAGUGCUGCAAAACAGUUUUUCUCACUUGUUUCCACAGGAAAGCUUGAUUUAUACUCCUGCAUCAGGGCUAUGUGCGUAGGCUACGCACGUAGCCAUGCAUUCAUACUUGUGCAUCGGUGUCUCCGGCGUUCUGCAAUUACACCAACAAACGCUAGCUGGCUGUAGCGCUACAGUGUCCACUGAGUUGACUUUUGCCGGCCGAGCAGGCUAACUUCUGGUUUAGCCCUCUAACUAACAUGAACGGUGGUAAAAUUGUAUAGGUGCUGCAGAUAUACAGUGUUUUGCAGGUGUUGGAGUAGUAAUAGGAAGAGUUGAUGGAAUUUGGAGAAGGUUGUCACUGAAUGCAUUUUGCGUGAAAGCAAUAAAAACCAUUAAAAGUUUUGUCCACAUAAACUUCUGUUUCACUUUGUGAAGAGUUUUGACAAUGUGACUUUGACCAAUGCAUGUUAGCAACUGAAAAAAAAAUGUAAGUUUAUAUUAUUUUUUGUAAACUUUAAAACUUGUUUUCUGUAAAGAUGUCUCCUAUAUGCAUUCCCUGAUGACAUCAAAAUUAUCAUUCUAAUCAGUAGUAGCAAUCAGUAUUUAGUAAUUAGUAAUCAAUAUUUGCCCAUGUGUCACCAACCUUUGUGAAAAAAAAUUGAAAGCGGUAGAAUGAGUAUUAUGAUAGAGAACUUGUUUGAUGCUGUUUCUGAAUUUUGUGUUUGAUUUUCCAUUUGUGUGAAUCAUUUGAAAUGUAUAAGAGGAGAAAAUUCUCAUUUGUCUUGCUUUAAACCUACAAUAUCUGG